UAAAAAAUUUAAUAAUUUGAGCUAGCAGAAAUGGCCGCCGUGACCACACAAGCCUCCGCCGCUGUAUUCCGGCCAAGCCGGUUCCUGAGCGGUUCGUCGGGAAGACUUAACCGGGAAGUGUCGGUUAAACCGUCGGCAUCAUGCUACAAAUCAUUCAAAGUGGAAGCCAAGAAAGGUGAAUGGCUACCCGGGCUUCCAUCCCCCGCCUAUCUCGAUGGCAGCCUGGCCGGAGACAACGGGUUCGACCCGUUGGGGCUGGCGGAGGACCCCGAGAACCUGAGGUGGUUCGUCCAGGCGGAGCUCGUGAACGGGCGUUGGGCAAUGCUGGGGGUAGCCGGAAUGCUGCUGCCAGAGGUCUUGACGUCUAUCGGGAUCUUGAACGUUCCCAAGUGGUACGACGCAGGAAAGGCCGAGUACUUCGCCUCGUCGUCCACGUUGUUCGUGAUCGAGUUCAUCCUGUUCCACUACGUAGAGAUCAGGAGGUGGCAGGACAUAAAGAACCCAGGGAGUGUCAACCAAGAUCCCAUCUUCAAGCAAUACAGCUUGCCCCAGGGCGAAGUCGGCUAUCCCGGCGGCAUCUUCAACCCCCUUAACUUCGCCCCCACUCUCGAGGCCAAGGAGAAGGAGAUCGCCAACGGGAGACUGGCGAUGCUGGCCUUCUUAGGAUUCAUCAUCCAACACAACGUCACCGGAAAGGGGCCCUUCGACAACCUCCUGCAGCACCUUUCUGACCCAUGGCACAACACAAUCAUCCAGACAUUCCAGGGCUGAGACUUGAAAUCAAUGUACUGUAAUAUAUGAUAUAUUUGAGUGGAUUUUGUCUCAAAUUUGAGCUGUAUUUGUAAGACAAUAUUAAUGUACAGGGAGAAGCAACUUGGACUUGAGUUUUUUAUCA